UUUUUUCUUCACAGCAAGAUUUUGCUUCUGUCGGCAGCAUCGAUCAAGGAUCUGCCUACUUAGAAUAGUGCUGUAGCUCGGAGGUUGAAACAAAUUGAAAGAAAAAGAAAGGCGAGCGGCUUGUGUGAUUUUAGCAGAGAGCGAGAGAGAGAGAGAGAGAGAGAGAGAGAGAGAGGGAAAAAAAGAGUCAGCGAGAGAGAUAUAGUGAAGCCGGGACGACCGUUAAUUUAAUUCACACCGUCUUGAUCGUGUGCGAGUGCGGGAGACGGUCGGUAACGUAUUGUUGCAACAUCACCUCCGGUCCACCACCGAGUGAGUCCCGUGGAAUACAGGAGCGUGAAGAAGUAUAAUUCAUGCCUACUUUCGACAUGGAUCCCUAUGAUGGAGAUGAAAAUAAUUACAUGCCUCAGGAAGAUGACUGGGACCGGGAUAUGCUGUUGGACCCGGCGUGGGAGAAGCAGCAGAGAAAGACGUUCACGGCCUGGUGUAACUCCCACCUGAGGAAAGCAGGAACGCAGAUCGAGAACAUCGAGGAGGACUUCAGAGACGGACUGAAACUCAUGCUGCUGCUUGAGGUCAUAUCAGGAGAGCGCUUGGCCAAACCAGAGAGAGGGAAGAUGAGAGUCCACAAGAUCUCCAACGUCAACAAAGCUCUCCACUACAUAACCAGUAAAGGAGUCAAACUGGUGUCCAUUGGAGCUGAAGAGAUCGUCGACGGCAAUGCUAAAAUGACCCUGGGAAUGAUCUGGACCAUAAUCCUUCGCUUCGCCAUCCAGGACAUCUCUGUGGAAGAAACAUCAGCCAAAGAGGGUCUUCUUCUGUGGUGCCAGAGGAAGACUGCUCCCUACAAGAAUGUCAACAUUCAGAACUUUCACAUUAGCUGGAAAGAUGGGUUGGGAUUCUGUGCUCUCAUUCACAGACACCGUCCAGAGCUCAUUGACUAUGGCAAGCUGCGCAAGGAUGACCCCAUGACUAACCUGAACACAGCCUUCGACGUGGCAGAGAAGUACCUGGACAUCCCCAAGAUGUUGGACGCUGAGGACAUCGUGGGCACGGCCCGCCCGGAUGAAAAGGCCAUCAUGACCUACGUGUCUAGCUUCUACCACGCAUUCUCUGGCGCCCAGAAGGCAAGCAGAAGUCCAGUGGUCCUCCAGCUAGAGCCCGAGCCCCUGCAGCACAGAGACCUGCAGCACAGAGCUGCCAGCACAGAUACCUGCCAGCACAGAGACCUGCAGUACAUACAGGUCAGAGGGUAA